AUAAGAAUGGGUCCAAAGAUCAUUUUUGAAACACAAAUUGCAAAUUAUUGCACAAAUCACUUGCUCCGUAUAUGCCUCGGCAGAGAUGCGCAUAUGGGCAGCCUUACGUGAAUCCAGUUUAGACAACACUAUUCUAAGAGCCCGUUUGGUAGCACCAAAAUCAGCUGUUUUGGCUGAUUCUGCUGAAAUUUAUGAUAUUCUGGCUGGAGUGGCUGUUUUGGCUGAUUCUGCUGAUUUAAGAAAAAAAUAUUUCAAAAAUAUAUUUUAUUAAUAAAUUAAAGAAAAAAUUAUAUGUAAAAAUAGCUCAAAUGGUCCUCUACAGUAACUUCAGCCAAUACAGCCAGAAAAGUAACUCCAACCUUACUUUUUCGGCUUAUUACACAAUUCAGCGCGCGAAAGUAAAAGUUACGUGUUUGGUGAAAAAGCUGGUUGAUAAGCCUGAUAAGCCGAAAACAGAGUUCUCCAAACGGGCUCUAACAUUCUAAAUUCAGCGUCCCAUCCCGCAUCCACUCCUUUAAAAGUCGCAGCUUUCUUUCUCAAUAGAUCGAAACAUUCGUUCGGGAUUCUUGAUCGCAGCUUUGUGCGGCCGAUCAUGGCUUCCAUAAUUAACAUCUCUUCCGCUUCAACUGCUCCUUCUCUACCACAAGCUUCCAGCACUUUCAAAUCAUUGAAUGCGUCCCAUCCACCUGGGAAGUCAUUUCUGGUUACUCUGGACCAUAGGGCACGACUGAGCUUCAAGGGGGAAACCAGAAUCAGAUCUGCUUUGUCAUCUCGUGAAGCAACAAGUGUCAUAUUCCAGACCAUUUUGACCAAACAUUCACGACUUUGUGACUUAUCAGUUGGGGUCGCAACACAACCAGAUGUUGUAGGUUCUUUUGGAACCCCUGUGGCAGACAUUAUCCCAACACCAAGUGGCUUUCCUUCUGAUGUUGCUGAGUUUGAUUUGGACUGGCCAUCCGAAGGGUUCUCGUCCAUCCCUGAUGCCGUUGAAGACAUUCGUCAGGGAAGAUGGUAUUGGUUGUAGAUGAUGAAAACAGAGAAAACGAAGGAGACCUGAUAAUAUCUGCAGAAAAAGUGACACCAGAAGCUAUGGCUUUCAUUGUGAAACAUGGAACCGGAAUUGUUUGUGUGAGUAUGAUGGAAAAAGACUUGGAGCGGUUGGAGAUUCCUUUGAUGGUAAAUCACAAGGAUAACGAGGAGAAACUUUCUACAGCAUUCACUGUUUCAGUGGAUGCCAAAUUUGGAACUACAACUGGUGUAUCAGCUAGUGAUAGGGCAAAGACUAUAUUGGCUCUUGCAUCCAAAGGUUCUAAACCGCAGGAUUUUAAUCGACCUGGGCAUAUAUUUCCUUUGAAGUAUCGGGAAGGAGGGGUUCUAAAACGAGCCGGUCAUACUGAAGCAUCGGUUGAUCUUGCUGUGCUAGCUGGGUUAGAACCAGUUGCAGUUUUAUGCGAGGUUGUGGAUGAUGAUGGUUCCAUGGCUAGAUUACCUAAGCUUAUGCAAUUCGCUCAUGAUAAUAGCUUAAAGAUCAUAUCAAUUGCUGAUUUAAUCAGAUAUAGAAGGAAAAGAGACCAAUUGGUGGAACAUGCUUCUGCUGCAAAGAUACCUACCAAUUGGGGGCCUUUCAUUGCCCAUUGUUACAGAUCUGUCUUAGAUGGGAUCGAACAUAUCGCGAUGGUGAAGGGUGAGAUUGGGGACGGGAAAGAUAUUCUUGUUCGGGUGCAUUCUGAAUGCCUGACGGGAGACAUAUUUGGUUCAGCCAGAUGUGAUUGUGGGAAUCAAUUGGCACUUGCUAUGCAACAAAUUGAGGCUGCCGGCAGGGGUGUGUUAGUUUACCUUCGAGGUCAUGAAGGAAGAGGGAUCGGGUUGGGACAUAAACUUCGUGCUUACAAUCUUCAAGAUGAUGGGCGGGACACCGUUGAAGCCAAUGAGGAACUUGGCUUACCAGUUGAUUCACGAGAGUAUGGAAUAGGUGCACAGAUACUAAGAGAUCUUGGCGUCAAAACUAUGAAGUUGAUGACAAACAACCCGGCUAAAUACAGUGGAUUGAAAGGCUAUGGUCUGGCAGUUGCUGGAAGGGUACCUCUUGUGACCCCGAUAACAAAAGACAACAAGAGAUACUUGGAAACAAAGCGUGCCAAAAUGGGACAUAUUUAUGGCAUGAACAUAAACAAUCUGGUAAGUAAAACAAACCCUGAGAAAACAUCAGUUGUAUCAGAUGACUCAAGUUUCCAGUAAGCAAGCUGAGAAACCAUUGACAGAGUUCAUUGUUUCCUCUUCCACUAUUGAAUCUCAAAAUGUAGUCUUUACACUAUUGAUUUUUUGCAACAAUAAUAUAAUCAUUUCGUGUAAAACCCGUCAUGAAAUCUCACAAAAAAUGAGUAUAUAUGUCAAAAGAAGCCACUCGUGCAUGUCCUAAUAUCUUUGUAAUGUUCGUUAGCAACGCUAAGCCGGUAACCCAAAUGGUUAUUGUACAUGUUGAGUAUUUGAUUUCAAGUUUAACUUCUUUGAAGCUGAAUGAUAGUUUUCUUUGGUUUUAUAGUCGAAGACUGAAAUCAUCUAACGUUGUUAAUCGUUACUUCUGGUUUUGCAAUCUUUCAAUGUCAAUGAACGGUUAAGAUUAAGA